GUUUAUGGUACGCAGUUUUUCGCGUGCAUAUGAUACGCACUUUAUGGCGUGUAUAUGAUACGCUCUUGGGUAAGAUGGGGGUGGGGUUUCGUACAUAUAAUACGCCAUAAGGUGCGUAUCAUGCACGCGAAAAACUGCGUACCAUAAGCACGCCAAAACUCAUUUUGGCGUAUAUAUUCUACGAGAUUACACACUCGUACUAUUGAUACGCAUUUUCGUGUGAUCGGGCUCCAUUUUUUUUUUUUUUUUGUUCUAUUGCAGAAUCAAAACCAUGAAUGCUGUAAAUACUGUGCAACUGUUCAUUGUGGUUUGGACUUUUACUGCUGUCUGUCGAGCUGAUGAUGAUGGCUGCAGCUGUGAGGAUGUGACUGGAACUGAGAAGAAAGAAGUAACUCUCAUCUGUAACGUCUCUCUGAAGCGCUCUGAAUGCUGCAUUAUAUUGUAUAAGUUUUACUACACUGAGAAAUAUAAAGACUCAACAAUCUGUAGAGAAGAUCUUCCUCUGGACUCCUGUGAACAGAGAAACAACUUCACAUGCAGACACACUCCAACUACAGCAAUGAUUGGACAAUUCAGAUUCUUUGUGCAAACAAUGUGUGGAGUAAUAAAAACAAAAUUCACUGUGAACAUAACAGGUACUGUAUAUGUUUGUUUGUUUGUUUGUUUGUUUGUUGUUUAAAAUCUGUUAACAGAACCCAGAAAUCCUGAAACUGACACUGAAGCUCUUCGCAAAGAGAUGGAUCCUGGAUCAGAGGUGGGUUCUAGAUGUAAUGGUACUAUCAUCGUUUCAGUCGUGGGCUGUUUCAUCAUCCUCAUCCUCAUCAUCAUCAUCAUUAUUGACAAAAAUAAAUCAAACCAAACCUUGUGGAUUCCAGAGGAGGAUGUUUCUGUGCCUCAGACAUGAUGAAGUAAACAGCAAUUGUCCAGUAAAUGUGGUCUAAUAUCACAGACUUAACAUUAUAAAAGCAUUGAGUUUUGUUUGAUUUUCAUGUGAAGAUCAUGAAAGACACAAACUUUAUAAGAACUCUAUAAACUAUAUCAGUACAUAUUAUCUGUUAUAUCUCAAACUACUGAACUAUAUAACUCUGGUUGCAGGUUUUUUGAUUUCUGUGAAAUAACGGUAUAUUAAUGAUCUUUUUGAUCCGUGUAUAUACAGGAUGCAUAUAUAUGAACAUUAAGAGGCAAUGCAACAAAACCCAAACUGUGUUUGGUUUUGCUCUUGUUUUCUGACUGGAAUGUCUAUAAUGAAUGUCAAUUUUUGUAUUUAGUAAGUGGCAAGUUAUACCUCAAGCAUGGAAAUAUUUUUUUUACUAUUAAUAUUCUGUUUACCUGCAAUUUUCUAAUGCUGGUUUUGUACAGAGUUCUUUUUAUUAUUAAAAAAGAAAAAAAUGCAAUGAAUAAACAUGUUGUCAUGAUCACCGUCUGCCCCUGUCACGCCCCGGACUACAUCUCCCACAAUCCCCUCUGCCAGUCACAUGUUCUCUCCUUGUUAAUCACCACACCCAGCUGCAGCUCAUUACACGGACUACAAAAGACUCAUACACACAUCACCUCGGGGCUAGGUCUUGUUUUCCCCAGUGUAACAUUUCCAAGCGUUUAUCCUGUUUCCCUGUCGGUUCCGGUUCCGGUUCCGAUUCCGGUUCCUGUUACUGAUCCCUGUCUGGUUCUCCUGUUCUGUGAUUGAUAGCUGCCUACCUUUUGACCACUGCCUGUACUCUGACUACGAUCCUGCCUGUCUCUGAUGUUCCAGUUCGCUCCGUUUGACCAUGCCUGUAUGACCACGCUCAACAUUUAAUAAAGCUUUGCAUGUGGAUCUUACUCUGAGUCCCGCCUUCGUUACGGAAGACCUAGAUCAAGAUCCAGCAGCUUCGUUGGGCGUCCUAGUCCCAGCAUGCAUCCCGCAAUGCACCUUGUAAGCCUUCGUCAAGGUAACUGUACCCUGGAGGCACAUAUUCAGAGAUUCCUGGACAUUGCUCAUUUUUCUGAUUUACCGGACUGUGCCCUCAUUGACUUUUUUGCCUAUGGACUAAACGAACCUCUUAAGGGGUAUUUAAUCGCUAAUGGUCGCCAAGGGACGUUUAUGGAACGUUCUUGGACUUUGCCCUACUUACCGUUGGUUCACGUUUUACUGUGGGUGUCGCGGGGAAAUACCAAGUCAAGUCCCCGCUGAACGUCCAGAAUCACAUCACGUCUCUGGAUUCGUCCAAGAGUGGAGGAGGUUACGUUCCAGCAUGAAUGAUCCUCCACUGACUACAGCACGAGCGGCUGGCAUUCCUAAGCCUCCGCCGGCCGCUUCGUUCUCAAGUUCGCCGGUUGCAACGCAUUCAAGUUCGCCGGUUGCAACGCACUUAAGUUCGCCGAUUGCGACGCAUUCAAGUUCGCCGGUUGCAACGCACUCAAGCGCCCUGGACGCGAUGGACAAGAUGGCUGCUUUGCCAGUGCCCACGGGCAAGAUGGCCGCCCCUUCGGUGCUUAUGGAUGUAGGGGGCAUUCAAGCCAUUGAGUCCGCUCCAGAACCCGCUUCAGCCAGUGAGUCUGAUCCAGAACCCACUCCAACCGGUGAAUCAUCGCCUCAUCUUCGGAAGAGGAGGAGGAGGAAGAAGGCUUCUUCCGUUCUUCAAGGCUCAGAAGCUUUUCAAGAGCCUGCUGUGGGUCCGGAGACCACCCCAGAGGUCUCUCCUGCUCCGCCCAAGUGUCGUGCUCUGCCAGCAACGCCCAAGCUCCUAGCCCUGCCAGCGUCGCCUAAGCUACUUGCUCUGUCAGCGCCACUCAAGCGUCUUGCCCUGCCGGCACCGUCCAAACGCCUUGCCCUGUCGGUGCCACCCGGACUCCUUGCCCAUGAACCCGCUACGGACCCCGUUGAAAUCCCCAAGAACUUUUUUGGGGGGGGCAGUAUACCUAAAGGUGGGGAGCUUGUGGGUGGGGACCGUGCCCGGCCACUGCCUUUUAGGGCCUUUGAACUAUCAUGGCCAUUUGUGAACCCUGACCCUCCGUGGUCUUUUAUGGACUCUGACCCGCCGUGGCUGCCCGUGGCACCUGACCCACCAUGGCUGCCCGUGACACCUGACCCGCCGUGGCUGCCCGAGUUCCUGGAGCCUGCAUUGGAGACCCCGUUCCUGUCUGCCUUAAGAUCAGUAUACCUAAAGGUGGGGAGCUUGUGGGUGGGGACCAUGCCCGGCCACUGCCUUUUAGGGCCUUUGAACUAUCAUGGCCAUUUGUGAACCCUGACCCUCUGUGGUUUUUUAUGGACUCUGACCCGCCGUGGCUGCCCGUGGCACCUGACCCGCCUUGGCUGCCCGUGACACCUGACCCACCGUG